AUGCCAUCACUGCUCAGGCGAUCGGCCACCAUCAAUGAAGCGACCGAGACGAGAAGACACAAAUUCGCUUUGAAAUAUGACCUGAAUGACAAUGUCAAGAGAGAGGUCGAGGAACACGAAAUCCCAUGUGGAGCAGGAAGAAGUGAAACAUUUGUGUGGGAUUGGCCGUUCAGCACCGAUGGCACAGCUCCAGGCGCCUAUACACCGGAUAAGUUCAUCGUUUGUCUUCCGUUCAACAAAGGUGGAACAGGCGAAAAAAAUGGCACCACAAAAAAAUUCGAGAGAAUUGCACAAUCCGAUUUUUCGUGGAGCAUGGGAUUGGGAAGAGAUGCGCCACUUGGGUCGACGUGCUUUUGGAGAUUGGAAAUUGAAAUUAUUCGCAAUUUGAAUGCGAUUGUGCUCAUCGCUUCAAGAGAUAUUAGUCGUUAUUAUGAGAACACUAAACGUCUGAAGCGCGUUAGAAAGAUGUACAAACUACCCGAGUACUAUGAUGUGUCGACAACGACUACCACCAUGUACGAUUGGGCUGUGAUCGUGGAAGCACGCAAGAAAUCCAUCUAUCGUCCGACAAUCCGCAGAGCUUCGACUCUCGUUUGA